AUGACGGAUGUGAUCACAGCAGGCAUGCCAAAGUGCAGUUUAGCCAUCAACUAUGAACAGCCAGCUACAGUCCAUGUUUGUCCGUCUGUAACCAAAACACCCAACAAGAGCAACUUGGAGGAGGAAAAUCUUCUCUGGGACUAUCGGUUCCAGACUCUCAGUUCCCAGAUGGCUGACUCCAUCCUCUGCCCAAGGAUGAGCAGUGAGAGUAGUCAGAGCAGUGCAGUGCUGCAGGGGUGGGGUUCAUGUUGUGAGCCAUCCUUCACAGACCAUUAUAAGGUCCUGCAGGACAUUGGAAAAGGUGGCUUCUCCCGGUUGAAACUUGCCUGCUACCUGCUCACUGGGACAGAGGUUGCAGUGAAGGUUUUGGUAAAAGUAGCCUCCAUCUUCCCUUUGUUCUCUGAAUCCUAUAUGAGGACGUCGUUGGACCACCCAAACGAGAUCCAGCUCUUCCAGGUCAUUGAGACCUCUGACUAUUUCUACAUGAUCAUGGGACUUGCAGGUGGGGGAUGGCUAUGGGACUUCAUCCCAUCUGAUGGCAUUCAGGACGACGAGGCCCACAAACUGUUCAGGCAGCUCAUGCACGCCAUGCAGUACUGCCACAAGCAGGGUAUCAUGCACCUUGACCUAAAGCCUCAGAACAUCAUGGUGGAUGACAGCGGCAAUGUUGAACUCAUCGACUUUGGGCUGAGCACCAGAUUCACAGCUGGGGAGAAGCUGAAGAGGAUCUGGGGCACUUGCCUAUCCUUUGCCCCUGAACUCACCCAGGGGGAGGAAUACGAGGGUCCCCCAGCAGACGUCUGGAGCCUGGGCAUCGUUCUCUACUUUAUGCUCACAGGGAGAUGCCCAUUUAGGGCAGCCAGCAGAGAGCAGCUAAAGAAGCUCAUCACACAGGGAACCUAUGACAUUCCCCAGCAUGUGUCCGAGGGAGCACAGAGACUCGUCAAUGAGAUCUUGAUGGUGGACCCCAUGCAGUGGCCUUCCAUAGAGCAGAGCAGCAGCCCCCUGAGGAGGCCAAGCAGUCCCAGCAGAGGGGUGUUGGAAGUGCCAGUGUGCCUGCCCUCCCUCUCCACUAGCCUCCCAGCACGACCCUGUGUCCAGCAGCUCAUCCUCCCAAGGUUCCUCCACAGGGAAAUCCCACUACAACAGCAGGGGUUAGAAGAGGCUGAGGAGGAGGAUCGUCAAAUGCAUGUGACAACUGUGCUGCGUACCCUGCUUCUGUUGGACAGCGUCCAGAAACAGAGGGGUGCCUAUGGAAAUGCCCAGCCCAGACAGACAGAACUGACGGACAGCCCGAAGCCCCUGAGCCUGUGGAGGCCGACAUCGCAGUGCACAAGUGAGGUGUGCUGA